AUGUCCUCCUCGACGCCCGCGCCGACAACAAACUCGCGCCGAGUCCCGCUCGACAAACGCAAGCGCACCGAGACGAGUUGCGACAAAUGCAAGUCGCGCAAGCAGAAAUGCCGCAAGGAGCCUGGCCAGGACGCGUGCCGGUACUGCAUGGUACACAACAUUGAAUGCCUUACCACGCAGCCUCGCAAGAAGCGCCUGUACGGCAGUGUCGAGGGCCUCGGGACCCGCCUGGCGCUGCUCGAGGCCCUCGUCAAGGGCCUGCUGCCAGAAGCCGAUGUCUCCAGCACCGAUGCCCUGCGCCAGCUCGCCACCUCGCACGGCAUCCCCCUCCCAGAAUCCGUCGCUGCCCAGGGCGAUGCCGACCACGACCACGACCACGACCCGGACGGCGACGACACCGUCUCGCUGCUCCCCGACCAGCAGGGCCAGGUGCAGUACAUAGGGCCCGCCAGCUCCUUUGCCUUCCACCUCAAGCUGCGCACCCUCGUCGGCCGCGGGCCUCUGCGCGAGUUUGUCCUCUUUGGCAAGAACGCCGCCUCGACAUCGCCCGAGGCCACCGACCAUCUGCACCACCACGCCCAUCACAACCACCACCCCCACGCCCUGUCCAACCCGCCCGCCUCCCUCGACCCCGCCACCGCCGCUGCCCAGCUCGCGCCGAACCAGCGCCCGACCCUCGAGCUGCUCGUCCGCACCUUCUUCGACCGCAUCCACCCAGACAUCCCCGUCCUGCACGAGCCUUCGUUCCGCGAGGCCUACGAUGCCUGGCUCGCAGACCCCCGCAAUGCAGACCCCGCCUGGCUGUGCACCUUCACCUGCAUGCUGCUGCUCGCCCGCCGUGUCGCCCGCGUCUCCUUUGCCGAGGACCAGGAGCGGCUGUGGUGGCACCGCGUCCAGAAGCUGCUCCCGGGCGUCAUCUUCACCUCGAGCGUCACGGCUGUCCAGGCCCUGAUGCUCGCUGCCUUGCACCUGCACAACACCAACCACCGCGACGCCUGCUGGAACCUGACGGGCGCCGCCAUCCGCAUAGCCCACGCCAUUGGCCUGCACCAGGACAGCGUGAGCGCCGGCAGCACGCCCCUCGCCAAGGAGACGCGCCGCAUGCUGUGGUGGGUCCUCUAUGGCUUUGAGACGAUGCAGAUAUCCUCCUACGACCGCCCCAGCGCUAUGGAAAUGGCCGGCGCAAAACUCCGCUACCCCAGUGACAAGAUUAUCAACGGCUCUCCUGGCAUCCUGGCCGCCUAUUGUCGUCUGACGGCGCUGUUGGGCACUGUAUGUCGCGCCCCUAGGACACUCAAGCCAAACGCAAGCGACGAGGCCUAUGUCGGACCCCUGUCCCCUGCCGCAUCUGUCCUGCGCGACCUGGGCCGAUGGAAGGAGACGCUCCCACAACAUUUGCAACCAGAAGCCAUUGACGCUACCCCACCCGCCAGCCGACGGAGUCUGGUUACGAUGCACAGUCUCCAUCACUACACCAUGAUUGUUUUGUGUCGCUCAGCACUUCUUGCUCGCGCUUCUACACUGUCCAAAGCCGGCACUGACUCGACCAAUCCAGCUCUGAUAGCAAUGGCGGACGCCUGUUCGGAAGCCGGCCGCGACCUGGCCCAGUUGCUGCUCAAGUCAGAUCAUCUUGGAGUAUUUGAUCCCGUCGUCUCAUUCGAUGUCUGGUACAUGCUAGCUUCAAGCUCGGCACUAGUUCUCGACCUGGUUUGUCUAAACAAGCUCGAGGGUACUGACAUGUCUGAAUCCCGUAUUCUCCUCUCCCAGCUUGCCGACCUCGCCCAGCGGCACCGCCGGAAUCCCUACAUGCCCGGCACCCUGGAGAAGUUUGCUUCCCUCGUUCCCGAACUACAUUCCAUGGCCGACUCGCUAGCUUCGCCCGUCCGCAUCUCCGAACCAAAAACAGAAUCUCAUGAGCCUCUACUGCAACCCGCACUCCCAACUCAGCCACUGACACAGCCACCUACCGUGCCGCACAUGUACCACCAAUCGCCCCCUGCGGUUGGCUCGUACAUGUUUGCAGAUGACAUGCAGAGCCGCGGAUACCCAGAACAACCGUACGUUGGUCCGGCCAUUCAUCCCACUGGCCGGUAUGAUCGAAACACGCAAAUGCAUUUUAUGGACUUUACCAUCAACAAUAUGAGCGAGUGGAAUUGGCACGAUAUGAGCAGUCUGCUCGGCGAUGGCGUAUCAGGCGUACCAAAUAUACCUGGCGAUUCCCAUGUACAUGGACCGCAGUCUACAGGGCCAAACUGA